AUGGAGAGAAGAAUCGAUUUCAUCCAUGAGAGCCUUGGAAACAAAUCUGAAGUCCUAUUCAAGCAAGUGAUCAAGCUUGAUGAAGACAUUAAGAAGUUAAGAGAGGAUCAUGAUCGAUCUUUGACCCUAGUUAAGCUUGAUGUUGCUUCCAAAUAUCAAGAGUUGCUGAACAAGAGCAUGAGAAUUGAAGAUACUAGCUAUGGCAAUAGCAAACAUCUUGUUCAAUCUACAACCGCCUACAAGCCCUUGAAGGAUCAUCUCAUGCCAAUUACAAGAGAGAGAGGAGUCCAACACCCAACCACCCUCCCUUUUAUUGCAAUGCCAUCACAAGAAGAAGCACUACUCAAGUCCAUGAAGGACAAUGAAGAAGAAGAAAGAGAGUAUGAGGAACAAUUGAAUGAUGAAGAUGAAGAGCAGAGCAUCGACAUCAAUGCUUCCCCAAAACAGAGCAUGGAUACACCAAGCCCUAGAGACCCUCGUUUCUCACCAAGAAGUCAAGCUUCUACACUUCCAAGACUGGAAGCAAUGCAAAGACCAUCACCACCUACUGAAGAAGAAGAUACUUGGCAGUAUGAUCCCAUUGAUCCCAACAAGAUAAGCCCCAUGAAGCUUAAAGAGUUCAAUGCUAAGGUGAAAUCACUUCCAUUCUAUGUCACUUUUGAAGAAGCUUGGGAUAAACAUGGUCUAGUGGAGUUCUUUUUCACAACUAGUGAAAACAAAGAAGAGAUACACCAACUUUCAGGAAGGCUCGAUUUCCCCUUGCCCCUCAUGGAGUCAAUCAACCACCAUCACCACCAUCAUCACCACCACCCAAGUGGUAUGUCAAUUCCAUAUCAAGAGAGAAGCUUGCUGAGUUCAAUCAGUUUGUCCAAACUCUUCCAGCCAGCAUGUCUUUCAAAGAAGCUUGGCGCCACUACCCAUUCACCACCUUUCUUCCACAACUGCAAGGAGACACCUGAGGACAUAAAAGAGCUUUUUGAGAAAGCUAAAGUUCAGCCACCUUCAAGACCCUCUACAAGAUUGAAGACCCAGGUCAAUUCUCUAUUCCCUGUCAAGUAA